GUGGCCGCGGCGCCCGGGCGCGGCCCGCGGAAGGACGCCGUCGCCGCGCCGCGCGGGGAGCCGCCUCGGGGAGCAAUUUCAGCACAGCUUGUUCUGCUGAACCUGACCAGUGUCAGUGAUGGCAAGAAACCCAACUGCUGCACUGCAUACCCUGUGGAUCCUUUUCUUUUUGUGUCCAACAAAUGCAAUUAUGGCUACAGGACAUGUACAGGAGUUCGCGUGCUUCACUGACUAUGCCGAAGAACUGGUUUGUCACUGGAAAGUACCCAUGCAGACAAACUGCUCCAAAGAAUUCCUACUCUAUUACAGGAAGGAAUUUUUGCCUGUGCAAAAUGUUUGUGUCCCUGAGAAUGGAAAAGAGAGUUCUACAUGUACUUGCACAAUAUAUUCUGAUUAUUUUGUAUCUGGCCUCACCUAUAUUCUAGCUCUGCAGUUGAAUGGGACUGAUAUAUGGAAUUACAGUGUUACACCAGCCUUGGUUGUUAAGCCAAGGGCCCCCAAAAAUCUUGCCAUUGAGAAAGCUGAAAAUGGUAAUUUCAAUCUGAGCUGGGAAGAGAGCUAUACUCCUUCAUCCCUGCUCUCUGGACAGCCGGUGAUCUAUGAAGUAAAAUAUUGGAGCAAGCAGGACCCCACAGAGGUUUCUAUAAAAUCAAUUAACUAUCAGACAAAAAGCUUUGAAAUUCUUGCAAGCUCUUUGAGGAAAGGAUAUGAUUACAUUGUAAGCAUACGGUGUAACUAUACAGACUACCCAGCCUACUGGAGUGACUGGAGCGACAAGGUUGAAUUUCACUAUAAUUAUCAAGUAACAACGAAAGACAUUCUGCAGAUGGCUGUUCCUGUAUCCUGCAUACUGAUCAUGGCAGUAGCUGUAAUUUGUUACUUCUGUUUUGCCAAAGUGAAGAAGGAAUGGUGGGAUCAAAUCCCAAAUCCAGCCAAGAGUCAUUUGGUUGUAAAAAAUGUCAAGUUUUCAGUUUUGUGCUACAUUGACGAAAUUAAGUUCCCUUUCCAUGAUUUAAUGCAGAGUCAUAUGGAAAACCAAAUAAGUUGCAAGAACUGUCUGGCUCAAAGUUUGUCAGGCCAAAGCUUCAAGGGAAAAGAUAGCAUCACAAAUGUUGAGAAACCUUGCAGUUGCCACAGCAAGUCUGGAGACUGGUUCUCAAAAGGGUAUGGUGCCGUUUUAACCCCUGAGACGAUUCUGGUUGAAAAGUCUCUUGAAAUCUGUGAAUGUUUAACAGACACUGAGGCUGAGAGCCAGGAAGAGCCUCAUGACCGGGUCACCAUGUUUAAGCCUUGUGAGGGCAGUGCCAGUACUUUCGGGGAGCACAUUGAACAUAAUGAGGCACUAGCUAACAUGUUUGUUAAGAUCCUGGCAGAUGAAAACAAUAUGCAAGGCAAUAAAGAUACAGACAUCAUCACAGACGAGAAUAAAAUCUUUGGGAGACUUGAGUCAGAAAACACAUUACAGCAAAAUCCAAAAGAAAAUGCAGGCCAGCAUCAGCAGCCAUGUGGUAUUUUUCACACAGACUCUCUUUUCUCCAAAAUUUCGCAAGACGACUACAAUUGCAGUACAGCCAGUAAGAAGUCAGCACGAUCAGAAGAAUCCUUUGAAUCUGGCUAUCAAAGCUCCAUCACAAAUUCCGCCUCUUUGGAGGCAGGAGAUCCUCUAGAUAUGCUUGACCAAAGCCUUUUUUCAUGCAGUUCAGAAAUUCAGCAUGACUCGUCUGUCCUGCUUCAGGAAUCACCAAAUGAAUCAGCCUUUGAGAUUAUCAAAAACAAAAUAAGCAACUCUGCACACAAGAGCUUUGAUACCCUCGUGCCUCCACCCGCAGAACCUUGUAGCUCUGCAUACAAGAGCUUUGAUACCCUCGUGCCUCCACCCGCAGAACCUUGUAGCUCUGCAUACAAGAGCUUUGAUACCCUCGUGCCUCCACCCGCAGAACCCUGUAGCUCUGCAUACAAGAGCUUUGAUACCCUCGUGCCUCCACCUGCAGAACCUUGUAGCUCUGCAUACAAGAGCUUUGAUACCCUCGUGUCUCAGUCUAUGGCUAACAAUAGUCUGGCUUUAUGUUUUGAAAACAUGUGCUCCUCGCUACCUUUGAUGCAGUUUUCAGAGAAUCCAGAACUUUGCUGCAGAGAUCAAAUUUAUCAGUCCUCUAGCAAUCAGAGAUGUUAUGCCAGCUACAGAUCUGCCUGCACUGAGCUUGAUUCUCAAAGCACCUGUUCAGAUCGUAUUGAUUUUCCAUUUUUUUCCACACAUGCAAUUAACAGAGCCUCAGCUUUCCUACCGGAGGAGGAAAUACAUAAGCAAAUAACAUAUCAAAAUGUUCAAAAGAAAGCAGACAUAAUUUCUUGCCCCAUUGGACUUCAACCAUCUGGUUAUCAGUCUUUUGAUACUGCAGUUAAAUGUAAUGGUACAUACUUUGACAAAGACAGUGAAAUUAUCUGUAGAUCACGAUAUGAACCCUUUAUUAGUCUUUUGUACAACAACCUCAGAGAAGCACCUCCAGAUACUAUAAUCUGUGAACCUGACCAGAAGACAGGCAACCAUGUAUGUUUGAUUUUGCAGGGCUUUGAUAGUGGCAUUGUCCCAGGUUUAGCUACUAGUGAGAAUGUCUCACAAAACAAUGAUAAGAGGCUUUGGAUUUUCAACUCUAAUGAGCUGUUUAGUGAUAGCAAAGAUGAAAACACCAUCAGAGACUUACAGCUGUUUCAUUUGUUAGAGCUGAACUCUCAAGAUUUUAAAAGCAGAGAAAAAACUAUAACAGAGUUGAAACCUGACAGUUUUUACUCUGCUGGUAAAGAAUUGCAAGAGACCAGCAGUAACAGACAGAAUGCUGACUUCUAUUGCCACACACAUACCCAUUCAAAGAAACCUGGAAAUACAAGGGAAAAAAAAGAGGUGAUAGAGCAUGUGGUAAGCAGAAGGUGGGGCUCAGCAGCUAACUUGCCAGAAGAAUCACUGGACAGCUUUCGGCUAAGCUUAAAACAAAAAACUGCAGAUUCCCUGGAGCUCCUGGUCAUAGAUAAGCUAUCACCUUCUCUUUCUUUGGGUAACUCAUGUCCAUCUUAUUCUUGCACCAUUCCCAGUGAGGGGUCCAAAUUGAUACCUCUAAUUAAAAAAAGACCAGCAGAACUAUUGAGGGAAAACAACAGAAGAAAUGAGAAAAAAGUGAAACUUAUACAAGUCCUUGCCCAGGAGGACAAUUGUUAUAUGAAGGUUGCCUAGCCACACUUGUCAAGGCUGAACCAAACCAGCCUUUGGAAUAAACUGUAUGGUAAAUCAAAA